AUAUCAAAAGAAGCUUUCGGGUAGAACCUUCUUAAACCCUAAUCCCCAAUCAACUCGAAUUCCCGGGUUUGAGUUCCCACGAAAUUAUGAAAUUGAAUUGAAAGAAACUGUAAUCUGUGUACCGCGAUCACAGUCCGAAGGUCAAGGUUGUGUAUCGUGGAUAAAUUGGUCAGAGACUAAGAGGGCGAGCUCAAUGUCCGCUAGAAAACAAGGUGAAACGCCGGCCGACGAAGGUGGAUCUGGCACGAAGCCACCGCGCAUCAAAAUCUCAAAAUCCUCCGACGCAGGCGAUGCCAAGAAUGUUAGCAAGAGGCUUAAAGACAUGGAAAUUUGUGUCCCAAUAGUCUGUGGAACCAUCGCAUUUUAUCUGGGCAGGAAGGCCAGCGAGUCACAGUCACAUAAAUGGACAGUCUAUGUGCGUGGUGCUACUAAUGAGGAUCUCGGGGUGGUGAUAAAGAAAGUUGUGUUUCAGUUACAUCCCAGCUUUAAUAACCCAACAAGAGUGGUUGAAUCGCCACCUUUUGAGUUAUCAGAAUGUGGUUGGGGAGAGUUUGAGAUUGCCGUCACACUUUUCUUUCACAGCGACGUUUGUGAUAAACAAUUAGACCUAUUUCACCAUUUGAAGUUGUACCCUGAAGACGAAUCUGGUCCACAAACAACAAAGAAACCUGUUGUGGUGGAAUCUUACAACGAAAUUGUGUUUCCAGAUCCAUCUGAAAUUUUUUUCGCUCGUGUUCAGAAUCAUCCAGCUGUUGUUGUGCCUCGCCUUCCUGCUGGUUUCAAUCUACCUAAUCCUGCACCAAUUGAGAAUAUGGCAGAAAGGGAGAGAGGGGACACCAAGGAUCAUCCCCUUAGUCAAUGGUUCCUGAAUUUCUCAGAGGCAGACGAGCUGUUAAAACUUGCAGCUGCUCGCCAACAAGUGCAAGCUCAUAUUGUCAAGUUGAGAAGACAACUCAGUGUGAUGGAUGGACUGCCUCAGUUUUCAAAACCAACCGCUGGUUAUGAAUUUACGUAAUAAGCUGGAGGCUGAUGGAGUUUAUCCAUGUAGUUAGGUUUACCUGCCAGUUCUCAUGGUUCAGGUCCAUGUAAACAAUGCUGUAUCGAGUUUUUCUUUAAUAUCCAUGCAAUUAAGGUGAUAUUUUUAUGAUUAAAGUAGGAUCUGUCGCUCUUAGUAAUAUUGUUAUCUAACUUAUGCUCCUGCGAUACUUUGUAACCAUCCAUUUUUUAUUUAAUCCCCUCACAUCUGCAUUGAUGAAAAUGAAUAUGCAGGGGAAGGAAGAACUAGUGAUCCGUUGCAAAAUCCAACGGGCCAAGAAUUAGUGGCUAUAAAUAUUCAACCUCAAACCUUGCAUAAUUUCAGGCUCUAAAAGAAUUCUCCAAUCCUAAAAAAUUCUGCUGUUUCUCUGUUGAAAUCUUCCAAACAGUAGUUAGAUCUGAAUGCAACUUUAGCUUUGAAUUAAGACCUGGAGCCUAAUUCAUUAGAAGUAGCUUAGAGCUUUUCUCAAACUUUCCGGGAAAAUUCAAUGACCAAAUAUGUGGUCAACCUCCUCUUCUCCAUCUUCUCCUAGAACAUCAUUUGGGGUGAUGUGAAUUUUGGGCUACGUUUCUCGAACUCUAUCAUCUUGUGGUUAUGAUCCUCUCAAAGGCUAGGGACCAAGGCUAAGAAUACAAUUUUAGCAUUUUUGCUUUCUCUCCAAAACACAGGUUCAUAAAUUGUUGAGUAGGUUGAUAAAUUGUUAAAGGUACCACAGAUCCAUCUUCUACUCGCAAAUCCAAUCUUCUUUGUCUCGGCCCCAAGUCCUCAAGAUGCUUCAGAAGAGCUCCAGAAGACUGUAAUUUAUGAUCGAUCAUUGUGAACUGAAAUAAUAUAGUUGCUUGAAUCCUCAAUGUAUGUUAUGGUGUUCUUGGUUUACCAAUAUAAAUUUCAAAAUCAUGCAUAGUGGUAAGUUUAUUGGUAUUGCUAUUUUUUUUUGUAGGUGCACAAACUUGGAAUGGAAGCCAGAAUAUUUUCAUUAAUAGUUCUUUCCUUUUUAUCUGUUCUCCUUAUAGCACAAGGAGAAUAUAUAAAAUUAUGAUGUUGCACUAUUUAAGAUUUUCUUUACACCGAAGACUGGAGUAGUUGCCUUGGCUUUUAUGCUUAACAAUCUUGUUUUUGAUCUGAUAAACAUGGUCGUGAACUAUUUAUCAAAUUUUCAGGUUGCCAUGUGCUAAAAGGAAACUGUCUAUUGUUCCUCAGAAAAAAUGGCCUGCGCUGCACAGGAAAUACUGAAAAUGAUAGCUUAUCCUUCUCUUCCUUCAUCAUUUUCCUGCUGCUCGCCGAUUGUGUAGACAGCAAUGUCUAUCUAUUCUCGCAUUUAUUGCUUCGGGCUGCAUUAACAUCAUUACAUGGAAAUUAGAACAAUUUUCAAACUCAAUACCUUUAAGUUGAUGACAUCAUUGAAGCUCCCAUUUCUUCGUCCUACAAUGAAUUGAAAAGUCUGCUUUUAUGAAAUUGCUGAAUGCAGUUGGGAGCUCUACCAAUAUAUCCUGAGAAUUCUCAAUGGGGUGUGAGUGGAAAAGAAAAGAAGGUGAAUUCUGCAGUCAGUCUGUUGGGUCAGCAGAGUGGCGGCUUAUAUCAUAGCCGACGAGAUUGCUUUUGGCCUUGGAUAAAUGAGUGGUGCUCAUUUAUAAAAGACAAAUUAUUUUGAAUAGCACUCUCUAUUAUCGUGAACUUGCGUAUUUCCAGUGUUUGGAUUGCCACAUGGGUGGUCUUUUGAUGCAGAGACAUUCAAGAGAAACUGACUGGGAAGAUUAUAUAUCCUUUCAUUUCCCAACAUUAUUUACUAUUAACAUAUAUAGAUGUUUUAUUUUACAUUCAGGUAACAGGUAGGAGCGUGAUGGAUUUUGAAUGGCUUAAAUGUGCCAACAUCAAUUUUUGGAUGGUGGGUAGCCUAGCUUUGAGCUGAGCUUUCGAAGACAAAUUUCUGUAAUUUAAAGAUGGCUGGAGCAUAAUCACUGUCUUUACUCAAUAUGUGUCCUUUCAUCUCUUGGCAUUGUUUACUAUUAACAUUUAUAGAUGUUUCAUUUCACAUUCGGGUGUAGGCAACAAACAGUCUAAGAGAGCGACGGAUUUUGAAUUGCUAAAAUGUGGCAAUACUCUACAGGGGGACUAAUUUGUGGAUGGUGGGUGGCCUAGCUUUGAGCUGAGAUGAGCUGAGCUUUCAUAGACAAACUUCUGUAAUCCAAGGGGACAGACCAGUAAGCAGAGACUUAAAAAUGAAAGAACAAAGUUUCGUCUCUAUGGUCCACUACCGAAAAUAGGGCAACUAAAGUCAAAUCCAUCCUACUUCGUGCCCGAAAGUAGAACCGUAUGUCCUGGACUUGGACCACUCCGUAACUGAGUUGGAAAACAAUUCUCUACUUGCGUGGAUUUUUCUGUUGAUACACAGCCUCAGGAUUUGGAUUGAAUAUAGGUGGUCCAAUCAUAUUCAUCUUUAAGUCUGGUUUCAUUUUCCCCCAAAAUAUAUAAGACAAAAUCUCAAGUUUGGUCUUUCAAUCUUGUGGUGGCUUGUGUAGCCUAGAUAUUAGGAAGUCGUGAAAAUGUUGUUUUCUGCCAUAAAUAUUACUGGGAAACUGACAUUUACGGGCUC